CAGGCGGGGGCAGGGACGGGCAGGACCCGGCCGGCUGCCGGGGGCUCCGAGCCGCCCGCAGCGCCCUUGCGGCGGCCAGGCCGCCCACCCGAGCGGGCGGCAAGCGGGCCGCCCCGGGGGGCUCGCUGAGCGGGGCGGGGGUGCGGCCCAGCUGACGCCCCCCGCGGGGGGUUACGGCUCGGCAUUGUCUCCCUGCCUCCCCCCGCCCCAGCCCCGCACUGAGCAUGUGCGGCAGCGCUGCCCCCCCCCGCCCGCGGGCCCCCGCUCCGCGCAGAGGAGCGGUGAGCUCCGCGGCGGCUCCGCGGCAGUCGGGCAGCAGCCAGGCUGGCAUGGAGUGAGCCGCGGAGCCCCGCGCUGGCCAUGGAGCUGAGGCGGUCCAUCUCGGCCAGCGCCGAGGCCGAGAGACCCAUGAGGCGCUACGGGGCAGUGGAGGAGACGGCGUGGAAGGCGGAGGCGCUGGGGCGAAAUCAACUUGACAUCAUUUCAAUGGCUGAAACAACAAUGAUGCCUGAGGAAAUUGAGCUUGAAAUGGCAAAGAUCCAGAGACUUCGGGAAGUCUUAGUCAGAAGAGAAUCAGAACUCAGGUUUAUGAUGGAUGAUAUCCAGCUGUGCAAAGACAUUAUGAACCUUAAGAAAGAGCUGCAGGCUUUGGUAGCAAUCCCAGAAAGAGAAAAAACAAAGAUGGAGAAACAAAAAGAGGAUGAACUGAUUCAGAAGAUCCACAGACUGGUACAAAAAAGAGAUUUUCUUGUAGAUGAUGCAGAGGUAGAGAGAUUACGAGAGAAAGAAGAAGACAAAGAGAUGGCUGAAUUCCUUCGCACCAAGUUAAAACCCUUAGACAAAGCAACGCAAUCUCCUACCAGCAGCCCAGCAGAAAAGAAGGCAGAGCCUCCUCCAAGCAAGCCCACCAUUGCCAAAGCAGGAUUGGCUAUUAUUAAAGAUUGUUGUGGGGCCGCACAAUGCAACAUCAUGUAGCUCUGGGCUCUCUACCGCGUUUGUCUUUUCAAAUGUUUUCAUUGAAUGAAAAUGUAGAGUGAGGGGAACUAACAGCAUCCUGCUAACAGAAUCAAGAGCAACUGGUACAACAGUAAUAUAUGGAAUGUACAAUGGCAGGUUCUUCACUGUUGCAUGGAUCACUCAACACGCAUGCCUAAAACCAAAAAAGAAAUCUAUAUAGUGGCUGUCCAGUGACCAGAAAAGAUCUGUCGUAGAGUCAACAAACACCCCAGUGAUAAAGGUGAAUGAAUAGAGGGUAUAUUUCAUCUAGUAAGGUAUAAAAACCAGCAAUUUUAAUAGGCUGUCACUUUGUAAGAAUCUGUUGUACACUUUUCCCCUUUAACAAACAGCACUCAAAAAUUGCUGAAAUAUCCCAUUUUGGCUACUUUUCAAAACAAAAGCCACAAGUAGCAAUGCUGUACAUAGCACAACUGAUAGAUGAAGCAACUUUAUGAUAACUGAUGUUGCAUACAAAAUACUUACCAAAACUAGUGUGAUGUUAAACUACUUUGCUGUGGAGUUUCACUUCAAAUUCUCUCUAAAGAAUGAGGAUCAGUGACAAGGAUGCUGCAAAUAGAGAUAGAUUUUUAUAUCCCACAUGAUUUCCGAAUUAUUCAAGUCAAAUGAAUAUUGCUUGCACCAGGGAAAAUAAGUCUCUGGUAAAGCUUUAGCAAGCACAACUACAGUAAUCUGCAAAUAGAUGAUGUAGUCCAAAGUAGUGUCAUUUCUCUUUUAGAUCUCCACCUCGCAGGGGGUCAGAAAUACUCCCCUAGAGAGUUUUGCCCACUAUUAGAAAUUACACGCAGUAUGAGAUUAUGUAUCACCGGUAGAUUGCUGGGAGGAGAGUGGAAGACAAACAAAAUUUAAUAUUUAAACUAUGCUUAAAACUAAUAAUUGCGCAUUUCAUUACCAUAAAUAUAUAAAUUAUUAAACACAGGAAGGUACUAGCUACCCAACACAAAUUGACCACAAGAUAACUAUACAAAUACACAAGUAGGUAUUUGUGGUGGGAAGAUCACAUUCUACAAAAAAUGGGUUUAAAAUUAAGGGAAAUACAGAAGGACUUAUCUGUGUUUCACAAUUAGAUGUGUUUCUGGUCUCUAUGCAGAUUAAGCCUUGUGGAAUCUAAUAUCUUUAUAUUAGCUGUCAGUAGCUGGUUUGUCUGUGUGAUGGUAUUCCAUAUAAAUGUACUGUGAUAGGUGUAAAUAGUAAAAUAAACGUAUAUGGAUCCAAUGUGAAAAUCUCAGGCUUAGAAAUAACAAACAGCAAAAAGUUCCUAAAAUAGUUUUGCAGGAGGAACCUCCAUUUUGUGAAGCCAGCUAAGUGAAGUGUACACUUAUAUACGAAGAAGCCACAGUUACAGGAAAAGAGAAAAAAAUAACAGCAGUUACCCUAAAAGGAUAAACUAAUAUUUUUUUCUGAAGUAUCUUAUCAAGGUUCAAGGAGACAGUAAAAUCAUCUAAAGUAACUCAAGACUAUUCUUGAACAAGUAAAACCUAACCCCUAGCAUCAGACUGAUUUGAUUAAGGACAUUUGCAUUUCCAGAGUAAUUUGUUUCAACAUCGCAGACUCACUUGAGAUAGAGAACCUACAUCUCUAAAUUCCUUAAGGUUUAAGGAUCAAGGAGGAAAAACCACAAAAUGUUUCCACUGGACGUAAAGCACUUUAAUUACUUUGACCAAAGAUGCAGGAAAGAGGACAAGACAUACUGAAAGGCUGAAGAGUCACAUAUAGUUGUUGCAUCCUUGUUGAUACAUGCAACAUCACAUUAAGCUCUGUAGCUGUUAGUAUCUACUGUAUCUGUUAUGGGUUGGACUCUGUAUAGCACCUGUAUACAUAAAGAGUAAUGGGGAAAACUGCUGUUAAGGCAAGAAUACACACUGGAGGGGAAGAAAUAUUCACUGGCUUCUGUAAAAUUCAACAGCCUCUUUAAUGUGCUGGAACCCAAUUAAGACAUCAGGAAUUAUCAGCAUCUUAGGACAAAAGGCAGAUGUUCAGUGCCAUUAACAAAGGCAAAUGGAAGUUAAAGUAGUGAAGCACCAACUUAAAGCCUUAGGAGGCAUCAACUGUGACAACCAAGUAUUACAAAUGCUGUAAGAAGGGUCUUGAAGGAGGACUUUGCAUGCAGUUUUUGUAAGGCAAGAGGUCACUCACACAUGUUAGAGUUUAAACCAGGCUAUGCUGAUGAUUGGGGUGAUCCCCAUGUGCUGCACAGAAUCUGUAGUCCCUCAGGAAGAAAAGUGAAAUCAGUGGAGUGUAGGUUUGUACAAAAAAAAAAUCAUUAACAGGAAAUGGAGCUAGACAUUUCUGGGAUGCAACACUCAUGACUAGGCUACAGAGCCCCCUUGUUUAAUUAAAAUGAAAACAGAAGUAUGAAUAUGUAAUAUUCAUAUAGUUAGCACUGGUAGCCAGUGCCCCAAAAGGACUUGAACUACAGCAGUAUUAAUGAGAGUGAACUUCAUUUUCAGGAGUUCUAGCUUGGCUCAGCUGAAAUGUUUUCUUUGUGUGAGUUUGUUUUGGUUUUAAUUAAUAUAUGCUUCAGCUCUGCUUUUAUUUGGGUGGGUUUGAACAGCUUGCCUGCAGUGGACCAGUGGUUCCUUUAGAAGGGGAUCAGUGAGGCUGCUUCUUGAUACAAUCCUGGGUGUUUUGGUGUUUUUAGUUGGUUUUUUUUUGUUGUUGUUGGGUUUUUUGUUUGGUGGGGUUUUUUUGGGGUUUGGUUUUUGUGGGUUUUUUUUUUUUAUAGCCUGUGAGGUCAGGUUCUCAACUGUGUUCAGCACUGGCUUACAGUGUUAUCCACCCAGAACGCAGCAGAGCCCUAACCACCCAGAACACAGCAGAGCCCUAAUGGCUUACUUCAAACAAUGAUUGUAAUUAAACUUAGGAAAGAAUUAAGUGUGCUAAAAUCUUGGUCCUUAUUUUUAAAAAUUAUACUAAACCACUAAGUAGUCCCAAGAAUAAUGAGGGGCUUUAACCUUCAUGAUCCUAUGAACAUAGCACAUUAUGGAAGACCCAUAUGUAAAGUCUGCAGAAAAUAUCAGACAAGUAUCUUUAGGCAUCUACAUCAAGUAACUGGCAUCACUUCAGAGCUGUUUUUCAGAUAUCUGUUACUGUCUGCAAAGAGAGGCAUCGAUUGACUGAAGCACCCGAAAAUCUCUUCCGGAAAUCCUGGCUGUUUAUCACUUCAGAAAGAAGGCAAGGCAUCAGAACAAGAAGAAAAUUUAAGGUGGAUUUGACACACUGUUUCCUCUUUGAACUGGUAAACACAGCUAUAUUCAGGGAAGGGUCUUGGUCUACUGAGAAAAACAGAAGUGCUGAAGUGCUAUUUGUACUAAUCACCAAUUCUACCAGCAAAUGGUUCUCUUGUACCUUCCCCUAGGCCUACUGAAUCUCUUCAGCAAAGUUAAACAUGUUUCCGAAUAAACUAAGCUGCUGUGUUAUAUUAA